ACAAUAUGGCCUUGUUCAACGCAACCCCUUUAGGAGCUUUUCAGCUCAAACAUCGUGUGGUCUUUGAUCCUGUCCUUUCAGGAUGGUCUCACAUCGAUCUUGAAAAAUACUUCGAAAAGCUGAGCCCCGACGGUGGUUUAGUCCUGCUGCCUCCUGUGUGCUCUACACUACCCAAUCAAAUACAGAAGCGUGUCAUCGAUAGGCUGCACGUUGGCGACAGUAUCGUCUUUGCUCAAGUUUGCGAUGAUGGAUCAUCCAUCGAUAGCUUGCCUCAGGCGCUUGCCUAUUCCGCAAGUAAAAAGAUCGAUCUCGGCUACGACGGAGUGGAAAUUAAUAUUGUGGGGUCCAUGUUACAAAGGGUUAUCGAUGAAAGUGGCGAUUCAACUGCUGCUGUUGCUACGAUCCUUAAGCUCGUUUAUGCGGUAGCAACGCUUGUCCCCACAGACCAAGUGGGCAUUCGGCUUGCUCCAUUUUCCAUUGUGGAAAGCCACCAACAACCCUUGGAGUUCUUCUGCACAUUGAUCGAGUCGAUCACGUCUCAGUUGCCCACUCUGGGCUUUGUUCACGUGGUUGCGCAUACUCGGUUUGACGAUUUUGAAUACCCCAGAAACGCAUCGUUGGACGAAUUGCGAGGAGCAUUGGCUUCUGCCUCCAACUCCAUUUCUUUUAUUUCGGCCGAUGCGUAUGAACCCGAAACCGCCAACACCAUUGCAACUCGCACCCAGGAUCUGGUGGCGGUUAGUUUGCCCGCAGAGGUUGACCUAAAUCUGAUCACUACAUUACGCCAGGGUGCCCCUUAUGAGGUUGCCGAAGCAACAGCGGAUCGUCUCGACGCCAUCCGAUCGACCUUCCAGACAGGUAAAGAAUAUGUGCUUGAGUGGCCGAGCGAGCAGGAAAAGAGGGUUUUCAAUGCCAUGGAUGAUCUGGACCGAUACUUAGGAGAGUUCGAUCCCUCUCUCUCCUACGAGGGCACAGAUCAGAAAGUAGUUUGGCGCAAGUCGUGCUGGUUUGCGAGUGAGGGGAUUUCUCGUCCCUUUCUAGACACGGAGAAAGCUAUUGCUGCAUUUGAUGGCGACCUUCAUGAUGGUCUGGCAGGUCUCCGGGCGUUGCAUGAUCCUUCAGUUCGUCAGUCCAUGGUAUAUCUCAAGAAUGUGCUAGACAGUGCUUUGGUGACAACAAGCACUGCAGUCGGCAUCGACAAAGACAUGAUUCAGCGUUGCACCGUGCGAUACCGGAUCAUCAAAUACACAGCUCAUGCCGGGAACCCCGGUGGCAUUGGACUUCAUCCGGAUGGCAACCUCCUGUCAGCCCUAAUUACUAACGGCGAUGGGUUGCGUGUAUACGAUCUUGAUGGUACCGUUCGAUAUCCCGGAUACAAUGGCACCAUCAUGAUGGGAGGCUCUACCCUCUAUCGCUGGUCGCAGGGACACUACCCGCCUACCUUCCAUGACGUGGUGACAAAUAAAGACCAGGUCAAAGUCUCGAUUGUUGCCUUUUUCAACUUCCCAGAUCUUGUUACCAUCCCGAGAGCCUUGAAAUCUGGCUCAGCCAGUGAUGAAAGCUUCUUCCAUGAUAUUAAACUCAUUAAAGAGGAUGACAAAUUGCCCCAUGGGCAAUUGUCUCCGUUGUGGGAUACCAUUAUCGACAAACAUCAACUUGUCCUGCCGCCAGCUGUUACUGCCAACUGAAUUUAAAUGUUGCCUACCUGUCUAGGAUUAAUUCAAGAGAUAUUUUAUAUAGCAAGAAAUGUGAGAGAACGCAUUUGUCCAAUCUCGGGAUUACUCCUUUGUUACAUCUCGUACGAUUCUAAUACGGCCUGCACUUUGACACAAACUUGUACGGAUAGCAAUUUACCUCUAUACACACUUUCCACUACGGAGGUCAGACAGAGUCUAGAUCUCAGAUUUCUGAAAACAUUUGCGAGGUUGAAUAUAAACUUCCUCGGACUCUUGACAUCCUCAUCCAUACCAUAGUGUAAUGCAUGAUUCAGGUGCGUGAGAGUCUCACGGGAUUUUGAAGCAUCAGCCUAUAAGGCUAAUUUGCG